UCAUCAAUAACAAUUCAACGCUUUUUGAUAUUUUAGAGGUUAAGCGAUUGUUGAUGUAUUAAAAAAUAGUGAAUCAACAGAAUAAUAAAUUAAUUAUACCUUAAAACCAUCUGACUAAAGAUGGCCAAACAUCAUCCCGAUCUUAUUUUCUGUAGAAAACAACCUGGCGUCGCUAUCGGUCGUUUGUGUGAAAAAUGUGAUGGAAAAUGUGUUAUUUGCGAUUCUUACGUGCGUCCCUGCACCCUAGUGCGAAUUUGUGAUGAAUGUAACUACGGUUCAUAUCAAGGAAGAUGCGUCAUUUGCGGUGGACCCGGCGUGUCUGACGCCUAUUAUUGUAAAGAAUGUACGGUUCAGGAGAAAGAUAGAGAUGGAUGUCCUAAGAUUGUCAACUUGGGUAGCUCUAAGACUGAUCUGUUUUAUGAAAGAAAGAAAUAUGGGUUUAGGAGACACUAGCAGUAGUAAUUUUUUUUAGUUUUUAUAUGGACUUUCUAGACCUAUAAUUUGUAGUCACAGUACAAAGUGACUAACUAGUCACAUGUUGGGAGAGUUUAUAACUUGGAGUCAUAUAUAAUUUGUAAUUAAUUUUUCCCUUACUUAUUACUGUGACUGCAUUGCAUAGGUUUUUUAAAAUAUUUUUUAUUUUAAUAAAUAUGUGAUCGGGCAAAUUUUCCAUCUGUUAUUAAUUCACUGUUGCCCAUAGACAUUGGCACUAAGAAAUGUUCCACUAACCUUGGGAGCUAAGAUGUUUUGUCACUGGUGCCUAUAGUUUUAUUGGCUCAAUCACCCUUCACUGUCGUCUGCAUUAUUAUUUAAAAAAUAUAUAUAUAUAUAUUUUUUUUUUAAGAAAGUGAGUCUGUUUGUCACCUAACUCCUAAAUAGCUGGACCGAUUUCUCAAAUUAUCUGUUUGAAAACACAAUUAGAACCAGUAGGUAGCCUUCCAAUUUAUAUGUUACCAAUUGAAAAAAGUCUGUAUGGCAGGAUGAUAUCUGCUGAGUCCGCUUAUGCAUUUCAAUGAAAACACUGGCAUCAUUCAGCAUAUGAGGGUGAUUAUUUAAUUUAAAUUGUAAUAUUUAAAAAAUAUAUAACUUAAAUAAAAGAGGAAUAGGUAUAAUUGUAUUGUAACAUAAUAAUUACUACUUGUACUACUUUUUGCCGAUACUGUUUAAAUCAUAAGUAGGUGUAAUUUACUUUUAUAAAUUAUAAUAUGAGCUAGAGAAAAACUACAUAAUAAGUUAGCCUAAACAAUGCAAAGGGAUAAAAAUUUGACCGAGGUUUGUCUUCCUUAAAGCUGUCCUUAUGUAAAGUAAAAAGUAAUUGUUCAUAUAUGUACAACUGCUGGGCCUUUCCUUCUAAGGAUGAUGAUUGGGUGUUUUAUAUAUAAAUGCUAAUUAACAUUAAAAGUAUAUUGUAAAUUAGAGUAAAC